AUCAAUAAGGGAGAGAGAGAGGCAUCUUCUUCCCUAUCAGUCUCCACGACUCGGCAUCGUCUUUCUGCAUCUCCCAUGGUUGAAUUGAGAAGCUCAGACAACAAAACCUAAUAAUAGUUCUAAGGAUUGAUUGUUAAAGGGGAGAUACUUAUGGCGGGUCGCAGAGAGGGAUCUUUGAUGCGAGAGAGAAGCAGUCAAUCACUUCGCGGAUCGCGUAUUAUAGUAGCUAUUGCGGUAGGUGUUGUACUCGGUUGCAUUUGUGCUUUCUUAUAUCCUCACGGAUUCUUCGCUUCCGAUCGUAGACUCUCAAACUCCAAUCUCCAGGUUGAAUCAUCAUCAUCAUGUGAAUCGGGGGAAAAAAUAAACAUGCUUAAGUCAGAUAUCAUGAGGUUAUCUGAAAAGAACCUAGAAUUGAACAAAGAAAUUAGGGAUCUGAAGGAAAAAUCACGAUUAGCAGAACAAGAGAAAGAUAAUGCUCAAAAGCAGUUUAUGGUAUUAGGGGAGCAACAUAAAGCCGGUCCAUUCGGUACAGUUAAAGGAUUAAGAACUAAUCCAUCUGUUCUCCCUGACGAAUCUGUAAACCCUAGACUUGCAAAAAUCCUUGAAGAUGUUGCAGUUGGAAAAGAACUAAUAGUCGCCAUCGCCAAUUCAAACGUCAAAUCAAUGUUGGAGCUCUGGUUCACCACCAUAAAAAACGUAGGCAUACCGAAUUACUUAGUGGUGGCGUUGGACGAUGGAAUUUCCGACUUCUGCAAAUCCAACGAUGUCCCAUUCUACCAGAGAGAUCCGGAUGUAGGAAUCGAUACAGUUGCAAAGACGGGAUCUAAUCAUGCUGUCUCCGGACUGAAGUUUAGAAUCCUGAGAGAAUUCUUACAGCUCGGUUACAGCGUCCUGCUGUCGGAUAUCGAUAUAGUUUAUCUUCAGAACCCGUUUGACCAUCUUCAUCGCGAUUCUGAUGUGGAAUCGAUGACUGACGGGCAUAACAACAUGACUGCGUACGGUUACAACGACGUGUUUGAUGAACCGUCAAUGGGUUGGGCACGAUACGCACAUACCAUGCGUAUAUGGGUUUAUAAUUCGGGUUUCUUUUACAUAAGACCGACCAUCCCUUCAAUCGAGCUUUUGGACAGAGUUGCCGACCGUUUGUCAAAAGAACCAAAAUCUUGGGACCAGGCUGUGUUUAAUGAAGAACUGUUUUAUCCGUCGCAUAAUGAAUACAUUGGAUUAUACGCAUCCAAGAGGACUUUGGAUUUCUACAAGUUUAUGAACAGUAAGGUGUUGUUCAAAACGGUUAGGAAGGAUGAUAGGUUAAAGAAAUUGAAGCCUGUGAUUGUUCAUGUAAAUUAUCACCCAGAUAAGUAUCCGAGAAUGAAAGCCAUUAUCGAGUUCUUCGCCAAUGGUAAGGAAGACGCGCUCAAUUCGUUCCCAGAUGGUUCUGAUUGAAGAAACUGGUUUAGGGGGAGGAGAGUUAGAGACCGGACAUUUUGUAUUGAUUCUCUAGUUUCUUUGUGCUGGUUUGAACUCUGUUUAUUUAUUUUUACUUUUUUUUUUUUGAAUCUGUUCUCAUUUGUCUACGAAUUUCACAAUGAUGAUUGAUGAAUCUGUUGUAUAACAUGCAAGAAUAUAUGUUCUCAUUUUGUUAUAA